AUGGUAAAUAUAAACAAAAAAAAUAGCAAACUAAAACAACUAAGUCUAAUUUUAGACCCAACUAAACAAGACCAAUUAACUAAAUUAUUAGAAAAAACCGACCAAUUAGAGCAAGCUAAGCAAAAGGCAGAACAAGAAAUUAAAACUAAAAAAGCCAAGCUAGCUAACUUAAAGAAUGUUUACGCCCAUUACCGCGGAGCUCAAAAGGAACUGGCUAGUUUAGGAACCACUGGUAGCAAGAACACUUACCCGGUCAAAGGGCAAAAAUUCUUAGGCGAUGGCACCGGCACUAAUGAAUAUAGUUGGGAAACCAAAAUAACUAACCAUUACCCCACUACUUAUACUCAGGGAGCUACCACUUAUGAUUAUUCCGAUAACCUCUACUCAGUUAGCGGAAAAAAGUUGAACUAUUACCGAAGAGCAAGCGAUCCGUUUACUAGCCAAAAAAAUGCCAUUGACCACAUCAAAGAGCAAGGGACAGCUAUUAAACAGAUGAACCAAAAAGGCGGCCAAGAAUUAACGAAAAAAACUUAUGACUUGCCGCAAACCUAUACCAAAGAGCAAACGGGAACUACUAAUACCCCUUAUACUGCCAAUCCCUUGCAAUUUGCCUCAGUCUUUGCUUUAUUAGCGAAAUUAAAUACUGACGCGCUCAUUACUUACACCAGCUCGGAAUUAGCCGAUUAUGGUAUUAAACAAUUAUUUAAUGAUUUACGCGACCAAACUACUUUUCGCACUCACUGGGAAUUACCGGAAAACCCCGCCGGAGUAGAAACUUUAAUUGAUGAAUUGGAGGAAGAAAAAAGCACGGGAGGAACCCGCAACGCCCAGUUAAAAGCGGAUAUCGAAGCUCAGCAAGAGGAAGUUAUUACUAAGCAAACCGAGUUAAUUACUCAAGCGGCCGAAAUUAAAAAAUUUACCGCUGAAAUCUUAACUAAACAACGGGCCGAGUUAAAGAAAUAUAACUUAGCCCAAGGUUUUAUCCAAACUACUAGCCAAGAUAAUCGUCGCCCACUAAUAGAACUGCACCAAAUUGAGCAAUUAUUAAGUAAUAUUCGCUGCUUAGUAAAUGAUGGGGAUGAGACCUUACCCAGCGACCAGACCGAAGAAGAAACGGCUUAUACGGCAGUGCAGCAAAUUAUUGAGAAAGUCAAUAAGUUAAAGUGUCGUCUUUUUGCCGAAUAUGCUUAUGUUAGCGAAGGAAAAUAUGACAAUCAGCAAGCUAUUACGAAAAUUAAGGAAGAUUACCAGUUAAUCGGAGCCUUACGAGAUAUUGAAGCGGCAUUAAAACAAGACACCAAAAAAGACGGCCAAGAUGCCUUUACCAAUACCGCCAGUGUCAAUACUCUUUUGAAAAAAAUUUGCGUUCUCAAAACUGACGGCACUAUUGACAAAGUAAACGAUGACUUUUUGGCUUUUAUUAAGGGCAAGGAUGAUAAAUUAACCUCCCUAACUGAACUGAUUAAGGAAAAAGACCCAGCCGCGAAAGAAGUGGAUAGUUAUGAAUUAACCGCUGAGGAUAAGAAAGCCGGAGGUAAUUUCGAGAAGUUCCUUUAUCAGACGGCAAUUGGCAAAAUAACCGAAGCCUUGUUAACCAAACCCGUCAGCGAAAACAACGGCACCGGCACUCCUAAUACCGAACCAGGUCAUUUUGACAAAUACAACGGUGAAGAAACCGCGGAAACUAAAACUGAUGAGGAAGAAAAAGAGACAACUAAAUAA